AUGUCUUGGUGGACCUCAUGGAUGCCUUCAUUGCCCACGAUCGACCUAUCCCUGCCAUCCGGGAUCCAGAGACGAUUCAUUUCGUUCGCGUUGAAGCGCUCUCUCGGACACUUGCUCAAACCUGGACAGCUUGAUCUCCAGCAGGUGGAUUCUCAGAUCGGGUCGGGUUAUGUGCAGAUCCGAGACCUGGAGCUGAAUAACGACGCUAUAAACUCGCUCAUAGCUGGGCUACCCCUCCAAUUGCACGACGGUUCCAUCGGGAAAGUCACCGCGCGGAUUCCAUGGCCCAAUCCAUUGACCUCCACGAUCGGUUUCUCAGUCGAAUCACCCCACCUGACAUUCUAUCUCGCACCCCAAUCAUCCGAUGUCGGUGCAUCACAGACGGACCUCACGGAGUCCGUGGCGUCUAUCGCAGAGUCGUUUGUUCACGAAGAACUUAAUCCCGCAGAUGAAGCGGCGUUUCGUCAGUCCAUGCAUGGUGGACCGAGAAGUCCGAUGCGGGCUGGGGAAGACAUGCUACCAGGGGGGCUUGAUCCCUUCAUGUCCGACGAAGAGCUGUCCCAAAGCGAGAUAGAACCGCCUGGUGUGUCGAUAUUCGCGACACUCAUCGAAAGGUUACUCGCGCGCUUUGCAUUCGACGCGGACGAUGUCAAGGUCACAGUGGUGAAUCCACAGCAAGCCAGCUUUACGCUGUCUAUAGCUCAGAUCCGGUAUGGCACCGAGUCGAGCGCGCCGGCAGACCCCGCAGGGGCAAGUGGUCGAGAGUCUCGCGGAGAUUCGCAGGGCAGCAUACGCGGCGUCACUCUUGGUGGGAUUACUCUGACUACGCGCUGCUUACGUCCAACAAGUCCAACCAUGACCCCUACACGGCAGCAUAGUACAUCCUCGACUCGAAUGCACUCCGUAGCCCCCGCAUCACCUCAAAGCCCUUCGACCCCUCCUUCACCACAGUCAGACUCGUCGGACAUGGAUGAAGACACGCAGAUGCUCAUGUCGCAAUCCAUAGCUAUCCUUCCGCCACGGCCAGUAUCGCCUGCGACUUCGGUGGCAAGCAGCAUGUACGAGAGCGCUGUGUCGACUGCGCUCGUCGAGAGCAGUCUUCAUAGUUCACCAGAUCCCGCUGCGGAGCCUCCGGUGGCCAACCAACCACCGGUGGACAAUUCUGCUCUGUCGUCCGAGACACCGCCACGACCUGGCGCGUUGCACAGAUUGCGACCUAUUGCGUCUAUCCCAGAAGUGGAGGACGAAGUUGUUGUAUCCUUCGGGUCCGAUGCGAUCUCUAUCCGUCUUUACACACCCCCGCCAUCGAAUGCACACUCGCCUGCGCCCGCGGUUGGAGUACCCUCAUCCUCGAGGGUGCCUAUUGAACGGUCAAGAGCAGCCCAUCGUCGAAGUAGCAGUGCGCGGGCUCCGGAAGAGAAGCUCAGAGUCACCAUUGACAUAGGCGUCGUUGCGCUCGGCUUCAAUGCGCGGCAUUUGCGGAGUAUCCUGGAUAUCGCUGACGUCUGGUCGUUGCAUUCACCGUCUCCUGCGCAUACUGCAUCUGGACCGUCGACCGUACCCACCCUUGACGGGACCUUCCGACUCCGUGGCGUCGUUCUCCUUCUACGGCUGUCAGAGUUUUUCUCUCGUCCCCUUGUGCCCCCAAAGAUGACACAUGGCUACGUUCGCGCUCACCUAGAGGAACUAUCGGUCACGGCUUCCAUCUCAUCCUGCCCUGUCGAUCGCGGCGACUCCACGCAUCCUUCCGCUCGCAAGAGGACGUCAAAGUCACGGAACGAGUCCGGGUUCAAUACAUCGCUUAACUUGGCUCUCACCGAGUUGUCGGUGUUCGCUUUCCUCCAUCAAACACAUCCCGAUGCCCCGAGUUUGCCAAUGGAGCUAUAUGCGUAUCCGAUCUUAAUCACAGACCCCCACCUGCGAUCGCAAUAUCCUCGAGAGCAUUCGAACGUGGCUUCAGCGGACAUUCACAAUACCGCAAUGCCGACAUUCGAGAUAGCGGAUUGGACAGACCCUGCACGCCGGAGCACAGCGGCGAAGUUAUCCAUUUGGCGGAGCAAGGCCAUGCAACACCGUGAAGCAUCCCGCCAAGACACAGCUGGCACAAUUGCAACUGGACCGAAGAGUCCCCCGCGCGCCCAGUCAGCGAUGCCUCGCUUUUUGUCAUCAUCCCCCGGACCAGCAAUCACUACAAAGUUCCGUAGUCGGACAACCCAGUCGCAGUUAACUCGAGAAGGAGAGGGAGGUCCAGACAUCGACGUCACGUUCGAAGCGCUCCAUAUUUUCCUCGACCUCGGGCUGGUGUUGGGCCGUAGUGCCCAACUUGAAGAGAGCACAGCGAUGUCAUUCAUGAAGGAAAUUACGACCCCGUCGAAGUCCGUCUUCGCGGCCUCUGCGCUUCACUCGCUGGGGUACCGCCACGGAGCGGAGUAUGACGACGACGACGAGGCAGAUACCCCUCCGGCUACUCCCCGUGCUGCCAUGGGUUUCGGAGUUCGGACCGCGGAAGAGCAGCAGCAGGAAAGGAGAAGGCUUGAACAGCUGGUCCUAGAUGAUCUGGACCUGGAGUAUGACUACAGGCAAGGAACUAAGCGUAGCGUGGAUCCAGCCUCUGAACGCGUCAAGGAUUGGCGCAAGCCUAGGACACGUAAAAGCCAGGGUCAAGGGCCCUCAAUCUCUGUAAAGUUCCCCGUGGUCCGUGUCCAGAUACGCGAUACUCCUCCUUCAUGUCCUCCACGAUCAGGAGCGUUGAUACUCGAUCUACACGACCUGCAUGUUUCACCAAAUAAGCCUGCAGAGAAGAAUCGACCGCUACUGGCCAGGUUCGCUUCUCCAGAUCGCGCUGGAACCGGCCCAGACGAGCGAACCAUGGGCGACGCGACUAACACGCUGCUCUACGCUCAGUGGCAUCGCGUCGUCGUCGCAUAUUCGCCUGUGUCUUCCUCCAAGGCAUCCGAAUUCUUUCCAUUUGAAGGCACCAUGUCGCCAGACGCAUCUGUCGUGGAUACCGUCUCUCGUCCUUCCAUGCAAGUCCGACGCAGUAGCGUGGCUUCUGCACACGAUCCUUCUACUGAAGUCAGAUCCUUAGUAUUUGCCAUCGACAUACCAUCUCUUCACGUCGAGUUAUCUAAACCCACCCUGGAUGGCCUUCAGCUGUGGGCUGAUGAUUUGGCCCGUCUGAUGGAUUCUGCCUUCGGAGAACCUGCUGUUCUCGACACAGACACCGAACGUGCGGAUAGUAGGGACUCUAGUAUGAUAGGUAGCAGGUUCUUCGCGAAGUCCAGAAGUGCUAGUAGCCAGGCUGGAAGCGGAAGCCUCGCUAGCAGACCUCAAGAGACUAGCAACGAAACUGCUAUGAAGGUCACAAUCGGAGAGGGUACGGUCAGGUUGUUCGUGCCCCGAACGCAAGAGAGCCCGCAUGUUGUGAGACCUUUCGAUGUCUCAGUAAGCGACGUCGACAUCCUUGUCGAGCUGAAGCCAGAGGGAAAGGAUGAAACUGUUCUGACGGUUGGCAUCCGGGAUAUCACUGUAAAGGAGACCAUCAAAUCCGGCUCUACAGCAACAAUACUCGCGCUUACGCACCCAUACAGCCUGUUGUCUGCUCAAGCGUCGGCCCUGAAAGUCCGCUUCAUCUCUCUGGUAGUACCAGAAACAACGGCGAAAGAGUCUAGAGUCAAACUCACUCUACGUGGAAUCACCUUCACGGUCCAUCCAGAUUUUGACUGGAUAUCAGACUUAGCGGCGUUUGCAAAGGCACCACCAGGAGCUUUUGAAUCUGUCGUUCCGAUGGUAGACACUUCUCUGCAGGCUCUAUGCCCUACAUACCCAGGCGCACUAGUCCCGUAUGUCGGGGAACUCGACUUCUCCACAGUCAUCGAGGGGCUCUCGCCAGAGCUCACUUUCCUCCUCGAUGUACCUGCGUUUUCCUUGCUUCUUGUCGACGACGCAAAAGCAAUUUCGCAGCAGCUCGAUAGCGCAAAGACAGGGCACACGACUUCUAGGACAUCCGGUCUGGAGUAUUGGAAGAGAGCAGGCUUUGCCUUGCUCGCUGAGUUGGCAGAUCUGAAACUCAGGUUUACUCGCUUGAGCGGAACGGACUCGACAGACACCAAGAUAUCCGUUAACCAAGGAGGCUUGCAACUUCACCUAUGUGCAGAUACUCUGACUACUUUGACGGCCUUCAUAGGCGAUUUCACUUCCAUCUUCGCGUCGCCCCCAGACGUACGGUUGUCCCCCAAGAAGCGCAGUGAACCUACCCGGCUUUCGGAGACGUCAGAGCGCUGGUCAGCUUCCCUCGAUGAGCAUGCCUUCCGUCAACUGCCUGAAGUCGGCGCAGCACCGGAUAUGAUAUAUGACGACCUUCCAACAAACCCCGACUACCUCGACGAGUCGUUUGGCGCAGCUGCUGGUCUCCGAGAACUCGACGAUGACGAGUUCGACGAAGCCGAUGAGAACAACACCACUGCGUAUGCGUAUGGAGGAGAAACGAUUCGAAUGCUGCGCCCUGAAGGCUUGCAAAUCAUCGAGCACUACUUCGACACCAUGACUCCCGAUUCAGUCGACGGGGAUUCCAGCUAUGGUGAAACGACUCUUCGGGUUCGACUGCACAACUGCGGUGUCACGGUGCUGCUAUAUGACGGCUAUGAUUGGGUGCGUACACGUAGGAUUAUCGAAGAAGAACAAAAGGAGAUGCGGAAGAAGCUAGCCAAGAUACGACAACUCGUCGCCAGUGGGCAGACGCCAGACCCAAGCGUCGAGGAGACCAACACCCUCCUGUUCAACUCGGUCUACGUUGGGCUAGAGCACAAUAUCGACGAGCUCGAGCCCGGUGCACUCAUAGCCGCGAUAGACGAAGAGCUGAACGAAGAACUUGAGACAGCACCGCAGCCUGUCCAGAACUCUCCUGGGAAGGGUACCGUUGGGCAAGGUCGCACCCGCCGGAAGCGGAUGAGUCGAUCGAAAGGCCCUAGCAUCGAGUUCCGAUUGAUGGGCCUAAAUGCUGAAAUCGACCGAUACCUACCUGCUUCAGAUCUUGUUUCGAGGACAUUGGUGACCUUAGAGGAUGUCGAGAUCCUUGACCAUAUUAAGUCGUCGACAUGGAGCAAGUUCCUAACGUCUCUUCGCUCGGACUCCCGAGGAAAUAUACGCGAGACGGGCUCAAACAUGGUCCGCGUGGAACUUCGUACCCUCCAUCCUGUUCCAGACCACCCCUCAGAGGAGGCAAGACUUCGUGCCAAGAUCCUGCCCCUGCGACUACACGUCGAUCAGGAUGCGCUUGAUUUUCUCAAGAAGUUCUUUAGUUUCAAGGAUCCAGAGAGUGCACCCGCUCCCGCCUCGGAUCCGGAGGACGAUAUCUACUUCCAACAAGCGGAGGUGUUCCCCGUAGACAUCAAGCUUGACUACAAGCCGAGACGUGUUGACUACAGGGCGCUGCGUGACGGACGGACAAUCGAACUUAUGAACUUCUUCCACUUCGACGGGGCGGAGAUGACCCUCAGGCAUAUCACUUUGACUGGAAUUACCGGAUGGCCGAGGUUCUUCGAUCUCUUGAACGAUCUGUGGACGCCAGACGUGAAGGCAACACAACUGGUGGACGUCAUCUCCGGCGUAUCUCCCAUCCGUUCGGUAGUCAACGUCGGCUCUGGGGUGGCGGAUCUUGUGCUCCUUCCCAUCGCUCAGUACAAGAAGGACGGGCGCGUGGUGAGAGGCCUGCAGAAGGGGACGACCGCCUUCGUGAAGUCUACUGCGAUGGAGGCGAUCAAGCUGGGAGCGCGGCUCGCGACGGGCACACAGGUCAUUCUCGAGCAGGCGGAGAACGUCAUCGGAGGCCAGUUCAAGGAUCCCAUCACAGCGGAGACUGUGCCUGGCUCGCCGUUCUUGGACGAGUUGGGUGGACAGUUGGUAGACGAGGAAGAAGGCGACCUGUUCAGUCGGUAUGCCGAACAGCCGAUGAACGUCCAGGAGGGCGUGCAGUCCGCGUACAAGAGUCUGAGAAGUAACCUGAACUCUGCCGCACAGACGAUACUUGCUGUGCCCAUGGAAGUGUACGAGAGGUCUGGUAACGAGGGCCCUGUCCGUGCUGUCGUGCGCGCGGUACCCAUUGCGGUCCUCAAGCCGAUGAUUGGCGCGAGCGAGGCGGUUAGUAAAACCUUGCUCGGGCUUCAUAACCAGCUGGACCCCAACGUACGGCAUGAGAACGAAGCUAAGUAUAAGCAACGAUAG